GUGCUCUCUAUGUUUUAUCCAAUUAUUUCGUGCGUAAAGGUUGUUAGGCCCUUGAAGGUCAGUCAACCCAUCGAACGAACGAAACUCAUAGCUCGCUUAAUUUGUACAGAGCCCUUACAUAAUUCUUCCUGCUUUCGAUAACAUGCCCGGUGAUUCCAAAAGAUCACCCGAUGCCCACGAUGGAGGACGCGAUGACCUACCAAUCUAUAGACCAGACGGCCGGUCUCUUGGCGUCUCGUUUUCGAAUGUCACGGCUGUAGGGACGAGCGACUCUUCGCAAACAGUUACCGACCUCAUCAAGAUCUUCACGGACGUUUUGACAUGGCCUGUUAAUACCGGCCGCAAGUUGACGAGGAAUGCUGCUGAAAACUCGUCACCUAUCAUCCAGGACGUCACCGGUGUUCUUUUCCCUGGCGAGACGAUGCUAGUUUUGGGCCGCCCUGGGGCAGGCUGCUCGACAGUUCUUCGAGUUCUUGCCAACCAACACCAAUCCUAUGAAAAAAUGCACGGUUCCAUCCAUUAUGCUGGUUUUUCUUCGGCUGAGAUGGGAAAAAGAUAUCGUUCCGAAGUAAUAUACUGCGCUGAAGAUGACCUCCAUUUUCCUAUGUUGCCGGUCAAAGAUACCCUAGACUUUGCCCUGCGCCUUCGCAAACCCAAAAAUGAACCCGAAUCUACGACACAGUUCUCGAAGCGGAUGACUCACCAGAUAUUGGCGUCGCUGGGAAUUUCUCAUACUUAUGAUACAAUUGUCGGUGACGCGUUUGUCCGCGGCGUGUCAGGUGGGGAGAGGAAGCGGAUUUCUCUGGCAGAAGUGCUAGCUGUCAACCCUGCCCUCGCUUGUUGGGACAAUCCUAUUCGGGGUCUCGACAGUUCCUCCGCAUUGAGCUUCCUAGAACUCUUGAAGAAUAUGUCAAGGCGUACUGGAAUGUCCAAUAUCGCAACACUCUACCAGGUCUCGGAAGCCAUGUACCAGUACUUCGACCGUGUCCUUGUCAUGUAUGAAGGACAGAUGAUCUUCUGUGGACCCGCCAGUCGGGCCAAGCAAUACUUCAUGGAGCUUGGGUUCCAUUGCCCGGAAAGGCAAACUACGGCCGACUUUCUCACAGCGGUCACGUCUCCAGUGGAGCGAGCUUUUCAGAAAACGUACACUGGCCCUUGUUACGACACAGCCGAGUCCCUGGCCCAGAUUUUUCGCAACAGCAAUGAUUACCGUAUUUUGCAGCAGGAGAUGAUCAUAUACCACGAGCACAUUGCAUCCGAUACAUCCAUCACCAGCAGCUUCCAAUCGGAUGUAAGCGAGAUGCGUUCUAAGCUCAGCCCCAAAUCAGCCAGCGAACCAUCCUCACUCGGGACCCAGACUCUUGCGGCGUUGCGCAGGCAAUACAAAUUAACCUGGAAAGAUCGAAACACCGUAUUCACUGUCCUCGGCCUCAUUAUUGCCAAUUCCGUGAUCAUCGCGUCGGGGUACUACAUGGCACCGAAGACAGCCACGGGAUCAUUCGAACGAAGCGGAGCGCUUUUCUUCGCCUUGGUUUAUUUCACACUCAAUGCUCUUACCGAAGUUCCGAAAACCAUUCAGUCACGCACCAUUCUCCUAAAACAGCAUCGCAUGGGUUACGCUCAUCCAGCUGCCCUGGUUAUUGCCGAGACACUUGCUGAGGUACCAAUGGCCUUGCUUGAGACACUGGCCUUUGCUUGUUGCUACUACUUCACCAUCGGGUUGGACAAGACAGCUUCAAGCUUCUGGAUAUUUGUCUUAAUCACUUUCACCCAUCGUGCAUGUAUCUCGUGUCUAUUUCGCCUGCUGGGUGCUUGGGCACCAAACCUGAACACUGGCUUCUUGAUGGGCGGAUGUGCCGUGCCUAUUACUUGCCUCUAUUCGGGCUUUGCGCCUCCCGUACCAACAAUGCACCGCUGGGGAUCAUGGAUCCGACGGAUAUCGCCAACUCCUUAUGGUGUAGAGGCCUUGAUGGGGAAUGAAUACUCUGGCAUGACCCUCCAUUGCACAGGGGACGAGCUUGUUCCCCAUGGGUUAGGGUACGACAAUAUUCAAUACCAAGGAUGCCCCAUGGCUGGUUCCAUCAAGGGGUCUGCGGAGGUAUCGGGGAAAACGUAUCUGAAUGCUCAAUACGGAUUCAAUGUGCAGUUCCUUUGGCGAAAUUUCGGCAUUAUCCUUGUGAUGUGGUUCCUAUAUGUGGCUGUGACAGCUCUUGGCCUCAGCAUCAUGACCCGUGAGAAAAGCACAUCCAAUACGCGCGUUUAUCGUCGCGGGGCCAAGGGCUCCCUCAGCACAACAGUGGAAGAGACACCAAACCAACGUACUGUUUCGCACACAAAUCAACGCACAUUUUCUUUCCACAAUGUUAACUACUUCGUUCACUCCGCUGGGCAGGAGCUUCACCUACUUAAUAAUGUCACAGGGUAUGCCAAACCAGGCCAACUGACCGCUCUUAUGGGAGGUUCCGGGGCGGGAAAGACGACGCUGUUAGAAACGAUCUCUUGCCGCAAAUCCGAAGGAAGAACAGAAGGAACCCUUCUAUUUAACGGACAGCCCUUGGACCAAGGCUUCUCACGUGCAUGUGGGUUCUGCAUGCAGCAAGAUGUUCACGAGCCGUUGGCCACUGUGCGAGAGGCACUACAAUUCUCGGCAUUCUUGCGACGAUCUGCGGAGACAUCCCACGAUGAGAAGGUGCAGGACGUGGAAAAGAUAAUUGAAUUGCUGGAGUUGGACCCUAUUGCGGACGCCAUUGUUGGCUCUUUGGGAGUUGAGGAGAGGAAGCGUGUCACCAUCGGUGUCGAACUGUGCGCUCGUCCAUCGGCGCUUUUGUUCUUGGAUGAGCCAACCUCCGGUCUAGACAGCCAGGCCGCCUUUUCGAUUGUCGCAUUCCUCCGUAAAAUCGCUGCCCAUGGCAUUCCGAUCGUCUGUACGAUUCACCAACCGUCGAGUGUCAUUUUUGAGAUGUUCGACCACACCUUGAUUUUGGCUCCUGGUGGCCGCACUGUCUACUUUGGUGAGACCGGGCAACCUCUCAAUGGUUAUUUCGCUCACCGUGGAGCUGUCAUGGACCAACAGGACAAUCCAGCCGAGUUCGUCAUCACAACCGUGGCCGCAUCACGCAGGGGCGAGAACGGCGCAGACUGGCCGCGCCUCUGGCAGGAGUCUGAACAAUGUCGCGAGGUGAAUGACCGUGUGUUGGCGAUUUCCGAAAAAGCGUGUCCGGACUUCGAGUCAGACACUGCCUCCGCAGAGCAAUACGCACUCCCGUUGACGGCCCAGAUCUUCCACUUGACGAAGCGGCAGUGGAAGUCGGUCUGGCGAAACGGACCAUACAACUUCAGCAAAUUGUUUAAAAGCAUAUUCUUUGAGAUGCUUGUCGCGUUUACCUUUUUCAAAGCUGGCCCUGACACCAUGGGACUGCAGAACCACGCUUUGACUUUCCUAAUCGCAUCAUGGGUCGUUCCAAGUAUUGCAACUGACAUCCAAGAAGUCUGGUUCGAGAAAUGGUCCAUUUUCGAGGCGCGCGAACGCAAUGGUAUUUAUGAUUACAAGGCCCUACUGACGGCACUGAUCGCCGUUGAAACUCCCUGGCAGGCGCUCAAUUUUAGCCUUAUAUUCUUGUGCAGCUAUUGGACCGUCGGAUUCCCCAGCAGCAGCGCUUCAACAGGCAUGAUUUACUUCCUGUACCUGUUGCUCUCGUUCUUCACUACUGGAUGGUGCUACUGGAUGGCAUCGAUGUUCCCUAACGGUACCAUGGCCGGCUACGCCAAUUCACUCUUCUGGGUGCUUUUCACGUUAUUCGGUGGCAUUGUCGUUCCACGCAGUGCCUUGAAUGACUUUUACCGUCCGUGGAUCACCUGGGCCGAUCCGCUACGGUACUUCUUCGGUCCUAUGGUUGCUUCGAGCUUGCACGGUGUCCACGCUGUUUGCAACAAAUCUGACAUGGCAAUUUUUGACCCUCCUCCCGACCAGACCUGUGGUGACUAUGUCGAGAAUUAUAGUCGGUUGAAUCCCGGAUAUUUGCAAAAUCCGAAUGCAAGCGUGUCGUGUGCGUAUUGUCCGUACUCCGUGGGUGACGAUUAUGCGAGUACGAUGGAUUUCUUCUACGAUGACCGCUGGAGAGACUGGGCUGUAUUUUUGGGAUUCUGUUUGACUAAUAUCGUGCUUGUGUUCUUUAUUACGUGGUUGACUCGGGUGCAGAUGCGGCGCUGGAGACGUUAGAUUGGAGGAGGGGGGUGGCAUUUGAAAUCCUACUGAUGAAGUGGUAGCUGGAAUAGAAGAAUGAUAGAAUUGCGC